AAUCCAAUAUGGCUAUCAAUACCAUAACCUCCUCCAUCUUCCUCCUGUUGUGUUUAUUUCUUGUUUGUUCUUUCGUAUGCCAGGGAUAUGCACUUGAAGAAGGAAAAGACACAGCAGAUACCCGUCAUCGUUAUCGUCCGCAUAUCGUCAAAAUCAGCUCUCUUCUUGCAUCAAAUGUUUGCAAUCCCAUCACUGAAGCUCCGCAUCACAAGAAGGCUACAUUGAAAGUGGUACACAAACAUGGACCAUGCUCUCAUCUAAACCAACUUGGAGAUCAGAAAAUGAGUGCAAGUGAUGAAAUCAAGCUCCUUGAGCAAGAUCAACUUCGAGUGAACUCAAUCCACUCCCAGCUGUCAAAAAGGUCCGGCGAUCCCGGUUUCCGAGGCCCGAAGUCGACUAAGAGUGCCAUUCCGGUAAGAUCUGGUCAGACCAUAGGCUCCGGCAAUUACAUCGUCACUGUGGGUUUAGGCACUCCAAAGAAACAACUCUCGCUAGUACUUGACACUGGAAGCGCUCUCAGUUGGACUCAGUGUGAACCGUGUGUGCGCUACUGCUACGCACAAAAGGAACCGAUUUUCAAACCCUUGGAAUCUACUUCCUAUGCCAACGUUAGCUGUGCCUCCGAACUGUGCAAUGCUCUAGAAUCAACCACAGGCGUUUCACCCGGUUGCAUUACCUCAACAUGCGAGUACGGCGUACAGUACGGGGAUAACUCAUACUCUGUCGGAUAUCUGAGCAAAGAAAGGCUGACCUUAACAUCCUCCGACGUCAUCGAAAACUUCUACUUCGGUUGCGGCCAAAACAACCGCGGCCUUUUCAGAGGCGCCGCCGGACUCCUAGGCCUCAGCCGAGACAGACUCUCUCUCAUCUUCCAAUCCGGCAAGAAGUACGGCCGUUACUUCUCCUACUGCCUUCCUUCUUCUCGGAGCUCGACCGGUUUCCUCUCCUUCGGCUACCGCAGACCCCGAAAGGCCUUCAAGUUCACGCCGUUGUCAUCUCUCACCAAGGACACCCAAUUCUACGGCCUUGACAUGACGGGAAUAAGCGUCGGCGGGAAAACACUGCCUAUUACGGCGUCGGUUUUCUCGAAGGCAGGCACGGUCAUCGACUCCGGCACGGUCAUUACGCGCCUGCCGCCGAAGGCCUACGACGCUGUGCGUAAGGCGUUCCGGCAGCUCAUGUCGGAUUACAAGGCGGCGCAGAGCUACUCGAUACUGGACACCUGCUACGAUUUCACCGGUGUCGAAUCGGUUUUUGUUCCGAAGAUAAGCUUCUUCUUCAGCGGCGGAGUUGAGGUGGAGGUGGAUGUGUCGGGGAUAAUUUACGCAGUGAGCCAGUCCCAGGUUUGUUUAGCAUUGGCCGGAAACGGCGACGAUUCGGAUGUCGGGAUUUUCGGAAACUUUCAGCAUCUGAAGUGGGAGGUGGCGUACGAUGUUGGUAAAGAAAGGGUGGGUUUUAGCCCUUCUGCUUGCUAAUCAUGACCGUCUUAAGAAUUAAGCAGUACUUUACUAGUAGCUCCAAAUGCUGUGGCAUUGUAGUACUGAAUAAGCUGUAGACGCAUUUCAAAACCCAAAAAAAAAAAAAAAAAAAGGGGGCUGUAGACGAUGGGAAUUCUUACAUAUGUGGAUGUGUACGUAUAUUUUACGUAUAAUUAUAUAGUUUAAAUGUUUAAUACGUCAUCAUAAUAUAAGAUAUUGUAUACAUAAUCAAGA